AUGGAACAUUUACCUGAGCUAUUAACCAAAGUCUGUCCUGACUCUGAUAUAGCAAAAAAAAUUAAGUGCAGUCGUACUAAAUGCUCUUGUAUUGUUAAGAAUGUAAUUGGGAAGAAAAAUGAAAAGGAAAUUUGUGAAAUUUUAAGCAACACCAAAUUUUCAUUAAUAAUUGAUGAAUCCACGGAUCGUUCAUGCACAAAGCAUUUGUGUCUUGUUUGUAGAUACCGCCAUAAUAAGACAAUUCAAGACAGUUUCCUCGCCUUGCUGCCACUUAAAGAUGCCAAAGCUGAAGAUUUGUAUAGAGAAGUUACAAACUUCUUUGAUAGGAAGAAAAUUCCCUACCAGCGGAAUUUAAUAGGAUUCGCAUCUGAUGGUGCCAGCGUUAUGGUUGGCCGACACAAUUCAGUUGUGUCAAGGUUAAAAGUAGAUAUACCAAAUGUUUAUGUAGUAAAAUGUAUAUGUCACAGCUUUCAUCUGUGUGCAUCAAAUGCAUGUUUAAAAUUACCUAGAAGCAUUGAAGAUUUAGCACGUGAGAUAUACCCUUAUUUCUCUAACAGCCCAAAAAGAGUGGAAACGUUUAAAGAAUUUCAAAGUUUUAGUAAUGUAAACAUUCAUAAAAUUUUACAUCCAGCUCAAACAAGAUGGCUCUCCCUUGAAACCGUAGUUUCUAGAAUCCUAGAGCAAUAUAAUGCAUUAAUAUUAUUUUUCACGGAUGCUACUUUCUUAGAAUUUUCUUUAGCUUUUUUCAAUAAUCUGAACAGACAGAUGCAAUGUGAAAAACCAGUGAUUCAAGAAUUACACAAAUCUGUCAGUGUUGUGUAA